UGAGUUCCAAGAAGAGCAGCCAAUCAAUAAUACAAAGUUUGAUUGCAAGGGAACAUUCUCUUAACCCCAGUUCAGGGCUGCACACGGAUUAAGCUUUGCAGUAAUCUUGUGACUGCUAUAUUCAGUCUGCACACAGAUUAAGGACAACAUUUCAGUUAUACGGCUUUAAAGAUCAACAUGGAGAAAAUCAUCCUAAAAUUCCCUCUGAUAUUGCUGGUGCUGCAUAUACAAGGAGAUGAGUUCUCUGACAAUCCAGUUCUUUUGAUUGUCGGAGCUCCACAGCCGGAAGUCGUGGAGUUCAACAACACAAUCUAUGCCACUUGUGAAGUAACUCCUGUCCCCAAUUUACCAUCUAGCCAGCCAGAGAUCUUUGGGCAAGUCCUCUUCAAGCAGCUCUUACCCAAUGGAACUUUAGAAGUGAAAAUCAACCUCCGUGGUUUGCCUGCCGUUGAUAAUCAAGUGCGUGCCAUCCAUAUCCAUCAGUAUGGAGACCUCAGUCAAGGCUGCAUCACUGUUGGUCCUCAUUACAAUCCGCAGGGCGUCGACCACCCUGGUCAUCCUGGAGACCUGGGCAACUUUGUUUCUAAGCAAGGAGUUAUAAGGCAGUUCCUGAAGCUCCCAGAGGCCAAGCUCUUUGGGGCUCAAUCCAUUCUGGGACGUGCGGUGGUGAUUCAUGAGAAGGAGGAUGAUCUGGGAUUGGGCUCAGAUGAGGAGAGUAAACGCAGUGGGAAUGCUGGGAAGAGAAUUGCUGGCUGUGUGAUUGGCAUUACUACUCCAAGCCUGUGGCAGAAGACUGAACCCGGGGAAGAUGUGGAGGAGGGAACCGAGAGUCAAAGAUGAGAGUGUCGGAUGUGGUGGAAGGGCAGAUGCGCUGCAGAAGAAAGGAUGUGUUGUGUCUUAGAAUAAUACUUGAUACUUACAUUUAGGAACUAUGAUUGAAAUAGGAUAAUAAUGAUUUACCUUGUAUAUUCUUUGUCUAUGCCCUACAUUAAUAUAAAUUAAUAUUUAAAAAUA